AUCGUCACCUCCUCGGCUGAGCCCGUGGAGCCGCACAGGGUGCAGUUCCCGGCUCCCCGCCAAGGCAGCCCUCUGAGCCCAGGACAGCCGCGCUGGGCCAACUACGUCAAGGGCGUCAUCCAGCACUACCGGGGUGGUCCCGUGCCGGGCUUCAGCGCCGUGAUAGCCAGUGACAUCCCCCUGGGCGGGGGCCUCUCCAGCUCAGCCGCUCUGGAGGUGGCUACUUACACCUUCCUCCAGCAGCUCUGCCCCGAUGAUGGUGAUUUGGCAGCCAAGGCGCUGGCGUGCCAGAAAGCGGAGCACACAUUUGCCGGCAUGCCCUGCGGGAUCAUGGACCAGUUCAUAUCCGUGAUGGGCAAGGAGGGCCACGCACUGCUCAUUGACUGCAGGUCCCUGGAGACCGUGCUCGUUCCGCUGACUGAUGCCAACUUAGCCGUCCUCAUCACCAACUCCAACGUGCGGCACACGCUGACGGGCAGCGAGUACCCCACACGCCGGCGGCAGUGCGAGGAGGCAGCAGCGGUGCUUGGCAAGGCCAGCCUGCGAGAUGCCACCAUGGCUGAGCUGGAAGCAUCCAGGAGCCGGCUGGGCGAGGAGGUGUACCAGCGGGCCAGGCAUGUCAUCGGUGAGAUAGCACGGACAGUCCAGGCAGCACAAGCACUGCAGGACAGGGACUACAAGACAUUUGGGAGGCUGAUGGUGGAGAGUCACAACUCCCUCAGGGAUGACUAUGAAGUGAGCUGCCCGGAGCUGGAUGAGCUGGUAGCAGCAGCCCUGGAGGUCGAUGGGGUUUAUGGCAGCAGGAUGACCGGGGGAGGCUUCGGAGGCUGCACGGUGACUCUGCUAGAGGCCGGUGCUGCAGAGAGAGCCCAGCACCACAUCAAGGAGAAAUACAGCGGCACAGCCACCUUCUACCUCACCAAACCCUCCGGAGGGGCAAAGGUGCUGCCCUUGUAG